AUGAAAUCAUUUAUAAAAACACAUAAACGGAGUGAAUCGCUCCAGUCAACUGGGUCAAUCCCGACACCUUUAUCAUCACCGAUUUUGAAUCAAUCACCGACUUCUAACAAUUCCAAUUCCCCCAAGAAAUUGUUAAUGCCUAUUAAGCAUUUAUUCCACAAAAGAAGGACAUCAAGUGAAGUAGGGGAUUAUGCAUCGAGUAAUUCUUUAAAUUAUAAAGAUAAUAGUUCAUCUACAGACUUGCCAACAAGUACAAGACCAAGUUUGUUAACUAGAGGGUCGAAUUUCAGUGAAAAUUCAAGGUUUCUGAGAUUAAGUGACAAAAUCAUUCCCACAUUAAACUCGCUAAAUGAUUUGAAAAGAAGUACAUCGAAAAUCAUCACCAAAAAUAAAAGUAACGACACAGACGACCAUACCGAAUCAUCGAGACGUAAAGUUAGCAUAAGAUCCACCAAAUCCAAGAGAAACAGUAUAAGAAAUAUCGGAACGAGAUCCGCCUCUUCAAUAAGGACCAAGAUUUCAAAUUUCAAUGGAUCAUCAGAUUCAAUGGAAUCUAACGACUCGAACUUUUCAUUUGUCAAAGAUAUGAAGGGAGGUAGAAACACUUCCAUCAAGUAUUAUAAGACAAAGCCUAAACCAAAGAAGGAGAUAGAGACUCAUUAUUUUGAGAAUGAGGAUUUAGACAUAGACGACGAUUACGAUUACGAAAACAAUGGAUUGGAUGAUUUUGAUAAUGAUGAAGAAGAAAUAAACUACAUUGACCAAUUUGAUGAUGGAGAUUAUAAUGAAGAACCUAAAUUCACUGGUGAUAAAAUGUCAGAUAGAGAUUCUGAUGAUAUUUAUGAUGAUAUUGACGACUAUUCAAGUUAUUCCGGCUUGCAAAAGGAACAAGACGAAGAUAUUGAUAAACGACUUGUUAGUCAUAUUGAAGAUUAUGAUGAUGAGAAUUAUCAGGAUUAUGAUUAUGACGAAGAUUUAGAAGAUCACGAACACGAUUCAUAUUAUAUUCAAGAAUAUCAAGCCAAUGAGGAGAGUAACCGAAGAUACAACCAAGCCUAUUUCGAGAAUGAAUCAAUUUUGACUUUACCUCAUAACAAGAUCCCUUUCAAUCAUUCUUAUCAUUUAUCUAUUGAAGGAAUUCCCAAUAAUUCGAGCCAAGAUUUGUUCAAUGAUGAAUAUGAAAUUUUAGAGGAUUAUUUAGAUAUUGAUGGAGGACAGGAACUUCCAAGCCCGAAAUACCAAUCAUACGACAAUUUAGAAUUGUUUGAUUUGAAUUCCCCUUUAAUUAAUGGAUUGACCAUUGGUGGUGAUUUGAAUAAUGGAAGGUAUAAGAACUUUAGCCCUAACGUUCACAUUGCCAAAUAUAAGUCCAAAAUUCGAAGUUUUCAUCUUUCAAUCGAUGAAAUAGAUUUGUUGAAAAGUGAUGAAGAUUUAAGUGAUGAGGAGUUUAUUACUCAAGAAGAUGGAGGAUUAGGGAUCACUGACGAAGGUUUAAAAUUUGGAGGUGAGUUGAAUGAAGCCAACCUCAACAUGUUGAAUUAUGAACAAAAUAAAGAUUUCCAAUAUCCUCCAAAUUCAGGAACUAAAGAUACCUCAGCCAAACUUACUCCAUUGAAAAUCAGUCAUAUGAAGAAUAACUCUCAUUUAUCAGAAGAAUUGAAAUCUUUCAAGAGUUUGGAUUCUCGGGAUUCUUUACCAAAGAAGAUCAAUAGACAAUCUAUCAAUGAAAUGAUGAAUUUAUUAGAAAAUCUACAAAUCGAUAAUGAAGAAGGACAAAGAAAUAAAAGAAAUUCAAUCGAAAAUAUGAUGAAUUUUCUUCAAACGAUUCAAAAAUCUAAUAUUCAUAUCAGUCCUAAAAACUAUCGGAAAGAUUCAUUUGCCUCAGAUUUAUCUUUACCUCAAUUAGAUAAUGAUUUGAAUUUUGGCAGCGUUUCCAAGAUUGUUUCUUCUACUAAAUCCAAUGAUGAUUUAUUAGAAUCUACCAAAGAGUAUGAUCAAGAAUUGAACGAACUAGAAAAAGACCUUAUAGAUGAAAUCAAUCAAUUACCUGAAGAUUUUGAUUUCGAUGCCAAUGAAGAGUUAUUAUCACAAUUUGAUAAAUUGAAUAAAUCCAUCAAAUUUAGUUCCUUCAUGAGAUCAAAUUCUUUCAACAAAAAGCCUAAAAAAAUGGCCAUGAGUUCCAAUUUGAGUAGCAACAAAGUUCAAAUGUCUAAUAAGACUGUUACCUACUACAAUUCAUAUAAAAACCCUGAUAAAGGAAUUUAUAAUCAACCUGAAGGAUUCAACGAACAAGACGAAUCUAAUUUUAACGAAGAAGAUGAAUAUGACAUCUAA